ACCGCCCGUCACCAGCUCUGCCUCGCCAGUCUGAGUCCGACUUAUUAACUAGCUUCCGCCAUUCCUCAACACGCGCUAUUGGGCAUCUUGCGAGCGCCGGGCUCCGCGCCGGCGCCGGAAUGCGAUCCGGGCUUCGGACUCGAACGAAUGCGGGGGACGAGCCAACCCUGGUGGGGGAGGCUGGGGCGGACGCGUUUAUUAGAAGAUCGGGGCCGUUUGCCUAGACAUGAACAUUUGGACUCGGAGGAGCAGAGGGACGCCCCCUCGGCCGCUCCGGCUGCACUGCGGGGCCGAGGCCCGCGCGAGGGCGCAGACCGACCAACCGGCUAGGGCCUGACUGGCUGGACUCUGCCCGCUGCAGAGGCGCGCUCGCAGCCCAGGGCGGGGACGGAAGGGAGGACCCCGAGCCGCGUGAAACGCAAGGCCCUCGUGUGUGCGCAGCUGACGCCCUAGGCGGGGCUGCGUCGGGGGCGGGGACAGGCGCGUCCCAGCCUACGCAGCCGGAACGCCUGUGCGCUGGGCGCCUGGUCUGCCGGACCUCAGCAGGGGGCACCGCGGGCCGGACUGCGGAGGGGCGCACGCCUGGAAGCGGCGAGGGUAGCCAUGACGGCCUCUGUGCUGCGAAGUAUCUCGCUAGCCCUGCGCCCGACUAGCGGGCUUCUGGGAACUUGGCAGACGCAGCUUAGAGAGACUCACCAGCGAGCGUCAUUGUUGUCUUUCUGGGAACUCAUUCCCAUGAGAUCAGAACCUCUUCGAAAAAAGAAGAAGGUAGAUCCUAAAAAAGACCAAGAAGCAAAGGAGCGCUUGAAAAGGAAGAUCCGAAAACUGGAAAAGGCUACUCAAGAGCUAAUUCCUAUUGAAGAUUUUAUUACCCCUCUAAAGUUCUUGGAUAAAGCAAGAGAGCGGCCUCAGGUGGAGCUCACCUUUGAGGAGACUGAGAGGAGAGCUCUGCUUCUGAGGAAGUGGUCCUUGUACAAGCAGCAAGAGCAUAAGAUGGAGAGGGACACCAUCAGGGCUAUGCUGGAAGCCCAGCAGGAAGCUCUGGAGGAACUGCGACUGGAGUCCCCGAAGCUCCAUGCUGAGGCCAUCAAGCGGGAUCCUAACCUGUUCCCCUUUGAGAAGGAAGGGCCACAUUACACACCACCGAUCCCUAACUACCAACCCCCUGAAGGCAGGUACAAUGACAUCACCAAGGUGUACACACAAGUGGAGUUUAAGAGAUAGACUUGCAGGCUGCUAUCCUUAACAUGCUGCCCCUGAGAGUAGGAAUGACCAGGGUUCAAGUCUGCUUUCCACAGAAUCAGGCAUGCUGUUAAUAAAUACUGGUUUAAUCAAAA